ACUUUUAAUGAGCUAGUGGUACUUCGACUCAUUUGGAUCGGAUUUAAGUGUGGUCUUGUGGUGGUGUUUUAGUUUUCUAUUCUGACAAUAUAUCUUAAUACAGACAUCAAUUGUGUCCGUUAUAAUGAAUGGAUUUCAGUUGAAUGCAUUCGAUAAUAUAAUCCUUCUGUGUGACUCAUAUAAAGUAAGUCACUAUUCACAGUAUCCUGCUGGAACAGAAACCAUAUAUUCGUAUUUUGAAAGUCGUGGUGGAAAAUUUCCAAAUGCAGUCUUCUUUGGUCUACAGUAUAUUAUAAAAAGAAAUCUAGUUGGUCAAGUGGUAACACAUGAGAAAAUUGAUGAAGCGAAGUCAAUAUUCCUGAAUCAUUUCGGUAGAGAUAUUUUUAAUGAAAAAGGAUGGAGAUAUAUAGCUGAUCAUCAUAAAGGCCACCUACCGAUUGUUAUUAAGGCAGUUCCUGAAGGCAUGAUUGUGCCUAUAAAAAAUGUUCUAAUGACUGUUGAAAAUACAGACCCAAAAUGUUACUGGCUCACUAAUUAUCUUGAGACUAUAUUAGUACAAGUUUGGUAUCCAAUUGCUGUAGCAACAAAUUCAAGAGCAAUGAAACAGAUCAUCGCAAAGUAUCUCCACGAAACUGCUGAUGACUCUUCUACAGAAUUUAAAUUACAUGAUUUCGGGUUUCGAGGUGUUUCUUCUAUUGAAUCUGCCGCAAUCGGAGGUACUGCACAUUUAGUCAAUUUCCGGGGUACAGAUAGUUUAGCGGCAUUGAUAUUGGCGAGGGAAUAUUACAACUGUCCAACAGCAGGUUUCAGCAUACCGGCGACAGAACACAGUGCAAUGACUGUAUGGGGUGAGGAGAAUGAGACCAACGCCUAUUCAAAUUUAUUCGAUUUAUAUCCCACAGGAACAUUUGCCUGUGUAUCAGAUAGUUACGAUAUCUGGAAAGCGUGCAGUAAGAUUUGGGGUGAAACAUUACGAGACAAGGUAUUAAAUCGCCAUGGUACAGUUGUCAUUCGACCAGAUUCUGGAGAUCCAGUUGACGUUAUGUCAAAAGUAUUAGACUUACUGGGCGCAAAAUUUGGUUAUACAGUUAACUCAAAAGGUUAUAAAGUGUUACCAUCGUGUAUAAGAGUUAUACAAGGAGAUGGUGUAUCAUUAGAGUCAUUAGAUCCAAUUCUAAAUCGUGUUAAAACAUCUGGAUGGAGCACAGAAAACGUUAGCUUCGGUAGUGGUGGAGCGUUGUUACAAAGAUUAAAUCGAGAUACACAGAAAUGCGCUUUCAAGUGUAGCUUCGCUGUUGUGAAUGGUCAUGAGAUUCAGGUUUCUAAGCAUCCAAUUACAGAUCCACAGAAGAACUCAAAGAAAGGUCGUCUAACUUUGCAGCGAUGCCCAGAUACAGGAACACUGAUAACUAUAGAAGAAGGUUGUGGUUCUGAAUCUAAGCCUAGGUAGAAUGAAGAUGAAGAGCUUCGACAAUGUACAAUGUCUCUGUCUGUGGUCUAUAUACCUGGCUGUAUUGGAGAAGGCUAGGCGACAUAUGCAUGUAAAAGUGGCCAGAAACAAAAAUUUAUCCUUCGUACAUGUGUUCAGUGUUGUGGCUUUAGUAUGGAUGAUUCUCAGAAUGGCUGCAUAGAAUGUUUUUUCAGACAGCUUUCACUAGUCCUUAUUUUAAAGCCUCAUCCGCUGCAUCAGCAUUGAAUGACAAUAUUGGAGUUUUUUUUCAUUUGUUUUGCUCUAUCCUCAUAAUUCAUAUUGAAAUUCUCUGGUUUUUUUUGUAUGCAACACAGGAUAUACUUAUUCCAGUCUUUAAAAAUGGUGUUCUCUUGAAAGACUAUACGCUGGAUGAGAUACGCGAACGAAUCGAUGCUUAUUCACUUGAUAAUACGACUACUGUUUAACUUAAAUCGAGAUAAUUAAAUAAUAAUUGGCAAGUUAUGUAAUUUACAUUGCCUUUGUAUAUUUAUUAUUUGAAAAUUAUGGCGAAAAUCCGUCUACCUGUUCUCUCUAUCUGUUAGCCUUUAUCGUUUUCCAAUUAUCAUUUGAUUACAUUACGUAAAUGCAAAUAUUUCUUGUAAUUUCUUUUUUAUUUUAAGAUUUCCUUAUCCCUGCGCCUGUAUUGAGUAAACCUACUAAUCCUGAAGAUCACUUAGUGUUUUUGUUAUUAUCAGUAGUUUAUGACAGGAAAUCAACAACAAUUUCUUUUUCUAUGCUAUCGUUUUUUUUUAAUUUUCGUAGACUGAUACCAAGCAAAUACAGUUUUUGUGAAUAAUUUUCCACUUUGUAACAACAUAAUAGUAUUAAUGAUGUCUCCACUGAAAUUAUCUGCCAGACGUGUUUUUAAUAGUUUGAAAAUCUCCAUAGAUUAUUUAGAAAAAGAAUAAUUUGAGCGAAUUGUUCUCAGUAACUUCGGGCUCUACAGUUAUAAAUCCAUGAGAUAAUGUGAAAUACAAUAUCCAAAAUAAGGCGUUAUGUAAGAUUAUUACCAUAUUGAAACAGUCCGUGUUGUGAGUAAACAGAGACCGAAUCAAAUGUAGUAGUGGAAUAGAAAUCAUUCUAGUCUGUUAACUCUACAAUG